AUGCCAUCACCGCCAAAAGAAGGGAAACCACCGUUUGAUGCAAACCCACCUCCCUAUAAAUCGCCUAAGAUACCACAUCAAUCGCCCCUUCCGCCACCCACAGAGAAGCUUAUGCCAUCACCACCAGUUGAUGUGAAACCACCUUCCCAUAAAUCUCCUAAGACACCACAUCCAUCGCCUCCACCGCCACCCACAGAUAAGACUAUGCCAUCACCACCAGUGGAUGAGAAACCACCUUCCCAUAAAUCUCCUAAGACACCACAUUCAUCGCCUCCACCGCCACCCACAGAUAAGCCUAUUCCAUCACCACCAGUUGAUGUGAAACCACAUUCCCAUAAAUCUCCUAAGACGCACAUUCACCGCCACCCACAUCGUCGUCAAAUCAUUGGGUGA